CCCUAACUUUGGACAGAGAGCGAGAGAUUCAGCUGUAGAAGAUCAGGGCUGUUUCGUCUCUCGUCCUUGAGCUACUGUUCUUCGGAAAUGGCGACUGGUAAAACUGUUAAAGAUGUCUCGCCUCACGAUUUCGUGAAGGCUUAUGCUUCUCACCUCAAGCGAUCUGGCAAGAUCGAGCUUCCUCCAUGGACGGAUAUUGUGAAGACAGGCACUCUAAAGGAACUCGCCCCUUAUGACCCGGAUUGGUACUACAUCCGAGCUGCAUCUAUGGCAAGGAAGAUCUACCUUAGGGGUGGUCUCGGUGUCGGUGCUUUCCAAAGAAUUUAUGGUGGUAGCAAAAGGAAUGGAAGCCGACCUCCUCACUUUGGCAAGAGCAGCGGUGCCAUUGCCCGUCACAUUCUUCAGCAGUUGCAAAACAUGAACAUUGUUGAGCUCGACACAAAAGGUGGAAGAAGAAUCACUUCGAGCGGUCAGCGGGAUUUGGACCAAGUUGCUGGCCGCAUCACUGUGGCACCUUGAUGGGUCGAACGUUCCUUUUCUCUAAAUGUACUUUGGAGAGCAAAUCAUUGAUCGAUCAUCACAUAUAAUGUUGAGAGAACUUUUGGGUUUUGGGGUGUUUUGAUUUUUACUCUUAUGCCUUGUUCAUCAUGAACCCUUUUGACGUCUAAGUUAUUGAAGUUUUGUCAUCAUCAA